AUAAAAAAAUUCCUAUAAAUUGAACAUCAUUGCAUUAAACUUUGAUUCUAUACAACUUCAUAGUUCACCAAAUUUCUUCUCUCUUUCUCCUCUCCAUUCCUAUGGAUGCAGCAACUACAAGAAUCAACAAUGUUCUUUCUCUCUACUCCAGCAGAAAAUCUUUCUCUAGUAGUUUUUUGAUCCAACAAAGAUUCCCAAAACCAAACACCAGAAUUGGCAUUCUCUUCCCCAUCAAAUGCUCCACAAAACCAGGCAUCGACAGUGAUAAUGCGACAAGCAAGAAUAAUUCUUCUAUUGAGCUGAAUUCAAAACCAACAGCUCAAAGACAAGCAAGUACUACUCUUCCAAAUGAAGCACUUUCUUCUAAAAUUUCAGAAGGUUUGGUUCUUGAUUUGGGUCCCAAAAACUCGUGGGACAAUGCAGAGAUUGGAUCACCGGUGGUGAAAAGAUUCAUUGGUGAUGACGAAGAGAGGUGGUACAUGUGGUACCAUGGAAGAUCUGAUGAUGAAAUGAUCAGUACUUCUUCAUCAUCAGAUUAUAUUGGAUUAGCAGUGUCAAGCAACGGAAUUCAUUGGUCAAGAGGAGAAGGACUGGUUCGCUCAAGUGGUGAUGUGGGUUUGGUAAUGGGUUCUAGACAGGAUUGGUGGGCUUUUGACAAAGACAGUGUUAGGCCAUCUGAGUUGGUGAUAAUGUCUAGCCCUAUGUACAGUGCUGUUUACUGGCUUUACUACACUGGAUUUAGCUCUGAUGAAGUGGAGGUAGAUCUCUCAGAAUCUUCAAGAACCAAGCUAAAAAACCCAGUAAGGUUUUACAAACAAGAAAAUCAAGAAAGUGGCAAGAUUUUCAAGUCUCUACCAGGCUUAGCUUGCAGUCAAGAUGGGAGGCACUGGGCUGGAAUUGAAGGAGAGCAUCAUAGUGGAGCCUUGUUUGAUGUGGGUUCUGAAAAAGAUUGGGAUUCAUUGUUCAUUGCAUCACCAAAAGUGGUCAUGCAUGACAAUGGAGAUUUGAGGAUGUACUAUCACUCCUUUGUCAUUGAAAAUAGGUGCUAUGCAAUUGGAGUUGCUAGGUCAAGAGAUGGGAUUAGGUGGGUGAAGCUAGGGAAGGUUCUAGAAGGAGGACAAAGUGGUGGUUUUGAUGAACUUGGGGCCAUGAAUGCACAUGUUGUGAGAAACCCUAGAGAUGGGACUUACUUGAUGGCAUAUGAAGGUGUUGAUGCAAAUGGAGGAAGGAGCAUUGGUUUGGCAGCAUCGGAAGACGGGUUGAAGAAUUGGGUGAGGAUUCAAGAUGAGGCUGUUUUGAGGCCAUCAGAGGAAGAUUAUGGGUGGGAUAGUAAGGGAGUGGGAUCGCCAUGUUUGGUUCAGAUGGACUGUAAUGCAAGUGAAUGGAGGUUGUACUACAGAGGCAUUGGUCAAGGUGGGAAAACUGGAAUUGGAAUGGCAGCUUCAGAAGGAAGUGAAAUUAAGGAGACAAAAAAGAACAAUGGAGUUCCUGCUAGUCAGUCACAGGUGUGGAUGGCCGCAUACAUGAAAGAUGAGACGUCAAAUAGUGAUUCAGUUAAUGAGGUUAUGACUCAAAUGAAUGAGUUAACAGAGCACAUGGAGGGAUCUUCUACUGACCCUGCAGCAUUACAGGAGCAAAUCUUCACACAAGUUAUGGGCCCAGAGCGACCUGGCUGUGUUCGGACGUUUGGAUUGAGACCGUCACCCACUGAUGUUUUUGGAGGUGGAUAUAGGCGGUCACAAGAGCAGAAUCGUCUCUUCCAAAUUCAAGUUCAGGAACAAGUUCAAGAGCAACUUCAACGGUAUCAAAUGCAGUUCGAGUCGAAGAUGAAUGAAGUAGUGGAGAAACAAAUUCAGGCUUUUUCAGUCACGAAUUCAGUUUUUGGAAUCUCAAUUGCAAGCAGCAGGCGUGCCCGUUGAUCCAGUUGUUGCACCAUCAAACCCAUUACAUAGGCAACAGGUUGUGGAUUCACUUAGUAGUCAUCCCACUAUUCGGCCAAUGUCACAUCAACAACAAUCUCAUGCAUUUUCAUUCCAAGAGGUUCGCUUUUAAAAGAAAGAGAAGAAGAAGAAGAAUAAGAAGAAGAAGAAGAACUAACAAGAUUGCAAAGCGGUCCAGAGCCUCCCCAUUAGGACUAACUAUUAUACUGGUCCAUGGAAGAAUUCUUGCUGCUCACAAAUCAAAUGGCAUAAAGUAGGUGAGUUGGUGAGGCAUGUGCAAUCUUAAGUGUGUGCACAAGCUGCCAUGUGAAAUCUUUGUUGGUGUAGAUUCUCAGUUAAUUUUAUAGUAAAAUGUGAUGGAUAUGAGACAUUAAUGUAAGAUUCUGCCAAUAAUGAAAGAUUUUUAGUAGUACUUGGAAGCUUAUUCCUUACCCCCUAAUAACUAACUGGGUCUGUAUUAUGUAUAUAUCUCCCAUCAGUUGCAUGCAUGUGCAUGAUAUGUAUUCAAAGCUACUAAGCAUGCCAAAGCUCUAUGCGUGCCACGUGUUACUUUGUGGGAGAGAGAAUCACAGGGGUAGUCAUCAUGUGCACAUUAUGCAUCCCAUGAUUAUAUUUCCACGUGUUCUUAUGUAUGUAUAUCUCUUUAUAUAUUAUAUGGAAAAGAAAAGUCUAGGACUCAGAUUUUGGGUCUCAAGAAUGAUAGUCUAGCUUGGAUAUUGAAAGUGUGAAUUGUGGGACCUAUGUGUAGAAUGAAUGUGAAUUACAUAUUAAUAUUUUUGAAUAAUUUCCUAAUAAAAUUUAUGAGUUUGUAGUGUUACUGUAUGUAUGUGAAUGUAGUAGUGAUAGAAGAAUAUGAGAACACAUGAUUUGAUAUCAUAAUAGAUUAGAAUAGCUAUACUCAUUUGUCUUCAAGAGUUAGUAGUCUCCUUUGUUUUAUUUAUUGCUUUUCCUAUGGUUUUUUUAUUUAUUUAAUUUUUUGAGUUUGGAUCUAAUGUUGGAAGUUGUUCCAGGUGUUGUUUUGAGCUCUUUUUGGGUUUAUCCUCUAAUGUAGAGGUUGCUUUCAUGAAUCUCCAUGUUGAGUGGAGCUAUGGGUUAUGUGAAGACUUCUGUUCGUCUUGAUGGUAUGUUCUUAAAAUACUUGAACUCGUCAUUGGGGGCCUUCCAUUUGUCUGUACGUAUAACAACUUAACAAGCAAAAUCAUUUGGUUGGAAUCACUAAAUAUUAUCUUUUAGCGAGGGUUUUCCUCAUAUUUUCUUUUGUAAAGUUGCAUAUUGUAUGAUUCUACCUGUGGUUUAAGUUCAUGAAAGCACUACUAUUCUGAUCAAGAAAAUUAUGUGAACUUUAAACUAGUUCUUGUAAUUCUUCAUCCCUUUCUUAGGAGUAUAUUGUUAAAUUGUCAAAUUUUGUACUCUGUUUUGGUAGUUGAAAUUAUCAAGGCACAUAUUCAUUUUA